AUGUGUGGUAUUUUUGGUUAUUGCAAUUACCUGGUAGAGAGGUCGAGAGGGGAUAUCAUCGACACUUUGGUGGAUGGUUUACAAAGACUAGAGUAUAGAGGCUAUGACUCCACCGGUAUUGCUAUCGAUGGUGACGAAGCUGACUCUACUUUCAUCUAUAAGCAAAUUGGUAAAGUGAGUGCUCUAAAGGAAGAAAUUGCCAAACAGAAGCCAAACAGGGAUGUUACUUUUGUCUCUCACUGUGGUAUUGCUCAUACUAGAUGGGCUACUCAUGGUCGUCCAGAAAAAAGAAACUGUCACCCUCAAAGGUCCGACCCAGAGGGCCAGUUUGUGGUUGUUCAUAAUGGUAUCAUCACAAACUUUAGAGAACUGAAGACCCUCUUGGCCAACAAGGGUUACAAAUUCGAAAGUGAUACUGAUACUGAAUGUAUUGCUAAAUUGUAUCUGCAUUUAUACAAUACAAAUUUACAGAACGGCCAUGAUUUGGAUUUCCAUGAGUUAACUAAACUAGUUCUUUUGGAGCUGGAAGGUUCAUAUGGGUUAUUAUGCAAAUCUUGCCACUAUCCAAAUGAAGUUAUUGCCACCAGAAAGGGGUCUCCUUUACUGAUUGGUGUAAAAUCUGAAAAGAAGUUAAAGGUUGAUUUUGUGGAUGUCGAAUUUCCUGAAGACAACGCUGGUCAGCCAGAAAUUCCCUUGAAAUCGAAUAACAAAUCCUUUGGCUUGGGGCCAAGGAAAGCUCGUGAAUUUGAAGCUGGUUCCCAAAACGCCAAUUUACUACCGAUUGCGCCCAAUGAAUUCAAUCUAAGACAUUCUCAAUCUAGAGCGUUUUUAUCAGAAGACGGCUCCCCAACUCCAGUGGAGUUUUUUGUUUCUUCAGAUGCGGCAUCUGUCGUUAAACAUACCAAGAAGGUCCUAUUCUUAGAAGAUGACGACCUUGCUCAUAUCUAUGAUGGUGAAUUACAUAUCCAUAGAUCAAGAAGAGAAGUAGGCGCAUCCAUGACAAGGUCCAUUCAAACCUUAGAAAUGGAAUUAGCUCAAAUUAUGAAGGGUCCUUACGACCAUUUUAUGCAAAAGGAAAUUUAUGAGCAACCUGAAUCCACUUUCAACACUAUGAGAGGUAGAAUUGAUUAUGAUAAUAAUAAAGUGAUAUUAGGGGGUCUAAAGGCAUGGCUGCCAGUUGUCAGAAGAGCACGUAGGCUAAUUAUGAUUGCAUGUGGUACUUCAUAUCAUUCAUGCUUGGCCACUCGUGCUAUCUUCGAAGAGCUAUCGGAUAUCCCAGUUAGCGUGGAAUUAGCAUCUGACUUUUUGGACAGAAAAUGCCCCGUCUUUAGAGACGAUGUGUGUGUGUUUGUUUCACAAAGUGGUGAAACUGCUGAUACUAUAUUGGCCUUAAAUUACUGUUUAGAAAGAGGUGCCUUGACAGUCGGAAUUGUUAACAGUGUUGGUUCUUCGAUUUCUCGUGUCACGCAUUGUGGUGUUCAUAUUAAUGCAGGCCCAGAAAUUGGGGUUGCCUCUACGAAAGCUUACACUUCCCAAUAUAUCGCUUUGGUAAUGUUUGCUCUAUCAUUAUCAGAUGACCGUGUAUCGAAGAUAGACAGAAGAAUCGAAAUCAUUCAAGGUUUGAAGUUGAUUCCUGGCCAAAUUAAACAAGUUUUGAAAUUGGAACCAAGAAUAAAAAAGAUAUGUUCAACUGAAUUGAAGGAUCAAAAAUCUUUGCUGUUAUUGGGUAGAGGUUACCAAUUUGCUGCUGCUCUUGAAGGUGCUUUGAAGAUCAAAGAAAUUUCUUAUAUGCAUUCUGAAGGUGUUUUGGCUGGCGAAUUGAAACAUGGUGUUUUGGCCUUGGUCGAUGAAAACUUACCAAUCAUCGCCUUUGGUACCAGGGAUUCUUUAUUCCCCAAAGUCGUUUCCUCCAUUGAACAAGUUACCGCAAGAAAGGGUCAUCCAAUCAUUAUUUGCAAUGAAAACGAUGAAGUGUGGGCAGAAAAAUCUAAAUCAAUCGACUUGCAAACUCUAGAAGUUCCACAAACCGUUGAUUGUUUACAAGGUUUAAUCAAUAUCGUUCCCCUGCAACUAAUGUCAUAUUGGUUGGCUGUUGAGAAAGGUAUUGAUGUUGAUUUCCCAAGAAAUUUGGCUAAAUCUGUUACUGUCGAAUAG